AUGGCAUCUCAGAAGCCCGUCAUCGUGUUAAUCCACGGCGCAUUCUUUGCGCCGGUGCACUACCGGAACUUGAUCGAGCCCCUACGCUCUCAGGGAUAUAUCGUGCUGAGCCCGCCAAUGGCGACGACGGGUAUCGAUGAUUCCAUCACGGGGAAGACUUACGUCGACGACGUCAAGCGUAUUCUCGAGAGCCUUCUUCCCUACUUAGAUGAGGGUAAGGAGGCCGUGGUAGUCGGUCAUAGUCAGGGUGGAAUUGCCGCCAGUGCCUUAACUGAGGGCCAGACCAUUGAAGACCGCAAGGCUAAGGGCUUAAAGGGAGGCAUCAAAUCAGUUAUAUAUCUCACUGCCCUCGCCAUACCGACGAAGGGUGAGAGUUUAAUGAGCAUGCUGGGUGGCACGCCCCCGCCAAUUUAUAGAGUCGAGGGACCCUUCUACGUCCUUACCGAGGUUGCACUGUCUGCCAAAAAUAGCGAUAUUCCACUUCCCGAACAAGAGCAGAUAGCAUUGGCGAGGAGCUUGAUGCAUCAGAGCAAGGCGAGUAUAGAAGCCUCCGUUCAAUUCACCGCGGCCGACGUCACUGUCCCUAAGACGUAUAUCGUCUGCACCGAGGACAAAUCUUUACCCGCUUCUCUUCAGGAGCAACUCGCCCAAGCGACCGGGUGCAACAUUGUUAAGCUCCCAGCCACACAUUUCCCCUUCUUGGAGAGUCUUGAUAGUGCGAAGAAGGUUGUUGAUGUCAUCGUGGAUGUCGCUGGGAAGUGA